CGCAUCAACGUCACAUGGACGGAUGGACGCAACAAAUGAAAAAGAAUAUAAUUCUGUGCGGUAAUAUGAUCUUCUCAUCCUCGAGAAGUAAACGCUUCCCCUCGCUCCCACCACCCCCCAUCUCUCUCUCUCUCUCUCUCUCUCUCUCUCUCUCUGACACACACACACACACACUCACACACAUAUGUACACUCUUUUAUUAUUUUAUUUGUGGCUUAAGGUGUGAAGUAAAUAAUUCCCGACCUCUCUCUCUCUCUCUCUCUCUCUCUUCUCUUCACCCUUUAUCGCCCGAUAAGAUCGGGGCCGAUUCGAGAAAGAUCGGCGGAGUCACCUUCUUCGCCUCCGCUAAUGGAGGAGGAGGGUCGGAUCCGAUUCUCGCUUCCCUGAUUCCCUUCUUUCUUCUUCUUUUUUUUUUCGAUUCCCUUCGUCUUCUUCCGCUCUCUAUCACCAAGCAGUGGCCAUGGCGGCGGCGGCGGAACAGCGGCGGCUGAGCUCCGGCUGGCCCCCGGAUGCGGCGCUGGACCUGGUGCUCGGCUACGUCGACGACCCCCGCGACCGGGAGGCGGCGUCCCUGGUGUGCAGCAACUGGCACCGCAUCGACGCCCUCUCGCGGAAGCACGUGACGGUGGCGGUGUGCUACUCCGCCGCCCCAGAGCGCCUCCGCCGCCGCUUCCCCCGGCUCGAGUCGCUGAAGCUCAAGGGCAAGCCCCGCGCCGCCAUGUACAACCUCAUCCCCGAGGACUGGGGCGGAUACGCCGGGCCCUGGAUCGCCGAGAUCGCCGCCUCCUUCGACUGCCUCAAGGAGCUCCACCUGCGCCGGAUGAUCGUCGCCGACGCCGACCUCGCCGUGCUCGUCAAGGCACGGGGCCACAUGCUUCAGUCGCUCAAGCUCGACAAGUGCUCGGGGUUCUCCACCGACGCCCUAUCGCUGAUAGCGCGCUCUUGCAAAUCCCUUAGGAUCCUCUUUCUGGAAGAAAGCUCAAUUACCCAUAACGGUCCAGAAUGGCUCCAUGAACUCGCCAUCAACAAUUCUGUGCUGGUGUCUCUAAAUUUUUACAUGACCGAUCUCACUAUCGUGCCAAGCGACCUCGAGCUACUCGCGCUAAAUUGCAGGUCACUGAUUUCUGUGAAGAUCAGCGACUGCGACCUUUCUGAUCUAGUUGGCUUUUUCCGAGCAGCCUCAGCAUUAGAAGACUUUGGGGGUGGGUCCUUUAGCGAUCAACCAGAAGAGGCCAAUCAACCAGUAGAGGCCAAUAGGUACAGCGGAGUUGUCUUUCCUGCAAGACUCUGCUGCUUGGGCCUUACUUACAUGGCGAUGAUUAAUAUGCACAUAAUUUUCCCUUUGUGUGCGGCACUCAAGAAGCUCGACUUGCAGUACACUUUUCUCACCACCGAGGAUCAUUGCAAUCUGAUUCAACGGUGUCCCUAUCUACAAGUUCUUGAGGUAAGGAAUGCAAUAGCAGAUAGAGGACUAGAAGUAGUCGCGAACACAUGCAAGAGAUUACGGAGACUCAGAAUAGAGCGAGGGGCCGACGAGCCCAGCCUCCAAUAUGAGGAGGGUCGGGUUACACAAGUAGGGUUAUCUGCCAUUGCUCUCGGCUGCCCCGAACUGGAAUACCUAGCAGUAUACGCCUCUGAUAUCACUAAUGCAGCCCUCGAAUCUAUCGGCAAUUUCAGCAAGAACCUUUGCGACUUCCGCUUCGUCUUGCUUGACCAACAAGCGAAAAUUACAGAUUUGCCUCUUGACAAUGGGGUUCGUGCUCUCUUAAGAGGCUGCACUAAACUUCGAAGGUUCGCAUUUUAUCUGAGACCGGGAGGACUAACGGAUAUAGGUCUUGGUUACGUUGGGAAAUACAGCGCGGACAUCCGAUACAUGCUGUUGGGUAAUGUCGGGGAAUCCGACAGUGGGUUGAUGCAGUUUGCCAGCGGCUGCAAGAAUUUGCAGAAGCUGGAGUUGAGAGGCUGUUCCUUUAGUGAGCAAGCUUUGGCCCAGGCAGUGCUGGAAAUGCCAUUACUGAGAUACUUAUGGGUCCAGGGUUACAAGGCGUCUCGAACGGGCCACGGGCUUUUAGCCAUGGCCCGGCCUUUUUGGAACAUGGAGCUUAUCCAUCCCUGGCCGGAGAUUGUUGAUUGUGAUUCUGAUCACAGCCAAUCUUUGCUGGAGAUGAUAAAUUUUGCCCUCGAUCAUGGGCGAGAUUUUGUAGAUAGUCAGGCUCAGGUGCUUGCCUAUUACUCUCUUGCUGGGAAGAGGUUAGACUAUCCGGAAUCUGUGACUCCUUUAUAUCCGGCAUAGAGUGUACAUAAAAUACAUAGGCUAUAUUAACUAUUUCUAUAGCAGUAUCUUUUCUUCCUUUUUUUUUUUUUUUUUUUUUCUCCCUUCUUUCUGCCCCCGCCCCACUCCUUUCUUUUCCUUUUUCUUUUUCUUGUGCUUUUGACUCCUGAUUGGUUGGUACGUCUUUGUGGCAAUAAUUAUGUGCAUAAAUGUACUAUAUACCUAUUUUAGUAGAACGAUAGGCUGAGUUGUGUAAUAAGAUACUCAGUUACUUGUAGUAUUUGAGAAAGAUAUGUACGUUUUUGGGUGCUAAGAAAAAUGCAUGGACAGACAUAACGCUCUCUAGUGUUUUCUCUA